AUGUCACUCGUCUUUCGUCGCGGACUUGCAAGUGCACCAAUGGCUUCUUUGAAGAAAGCUUCAAAAGUGGUGUGUAUUGGGAGGAAUUAUGCAGAUCAUAUCACAGAGCUAAACAGCGCCCGCCCAAAGCAACCAUUCUUCUUCCUUAAGCCUGCGAGCUCUAUCCUCCCUCCCGGUGCCGGACCAGUAAUCCGACCUCGCGGAGUGGAUUUGCAUUAUGAGGUUGAGCUCGCCCUGGUUAUGGGAAAGACGGUCAAGGAUUUGGAAGCAAGUGAUAUGCAAGGAGCUCUGGAUUCUAUUGAGAGCUACGCAAUGAGCAUCGACAUGACCGCCCGCAACGUGCAAAACGAAGCAAAGAAGAAGGGACUCCCAUGGAGCAUAGCUAAAGGCUUCGAUACUUUCCUGCCUGUCUCCCACCUCAUUCCCAAAUCUGCCAUCCCAGACCCACACAAAGUCGAGCUAUACCUCACUGUCAACGGAGAAUCCAAACAAGCCGACUCCACCGACCUUAUGCUCUUCCAGAUCCCGAGAAUCCUGAGCGAUAUCUCGAAGGUUAUGACACUUGAGAAGGGCGAUGUGGUGUUGACGGGUACGCCAAAGGGAGUGGGGAGUGUGAAGCCCGGUGAUGUUAUGAGAGCAGGAUUGAAGGUUGACGGCAAGGAGGUUGAGGAGGGGAAGAUUGAGGUUAAGGUUGAGGAGUCAACUGGUAGUUAUGAGUUCAAGGAGACGUAA